UUGGCUCCAACGAGAGACUUCGGCACAACCUGUUCUUCACUGCGACCGAGGUUGCGAGUCCCUUCCCUCCACUCUCCACCCUCCACCCUCCACCUACCACCCCACACCCUAACCCCCACCAGAACAACAAUCUGCCGCUGUAUCUGCCGGGCGUGGCAGACGAAGUCUCGAGGGGAUCGCUGCCGCGCGCCUUUCGGGGCCCGGAGCCUAACUGCCCCAGUCCGCAGGACGCCAGAGAGAGAGGCUCGGAGAGGGUCCGAAAGAGGGGCCGAGGAGUCUGAGGCGACCCACGCUUCAGUCCGUGGAAGUGGCUUCGUUUCGAUCGGGAUCGAUAAGGGCUCAAGCUGGUCGAUGAAGUGAAAAUGUUUGGAUGUCUGACACUCCUGUGGGGUCUCUUAAUACUCCGGCCAGCUUCCGCCGCCAUUCGGCACGGGACGGACGUGUACGCCACGGCGGGGGAGACGGUCUCCUUCCCCUGCGCGCUGGCGAGGAAGACGGCGCGCCCUAUCAUCAGGCCGUCGGGCUCCUGGAAAUGGCAGCCAGACGGGGGACAGAGCUCGCUCAUAGUCUCUUACAUAUACUCCAACAACCCGUCCUGGGGGCAGACCCCGAUGCGCGACCGGUCCAGGAUGGAGGGCGACAUCAGCUACGGCACCUUUACUCUGAGCCUGAUGCAGGUGAAGAAGGUGGACGAAGGGAAAUUCACCUGCUCUUUUCAGCACGGAUACGAGACGGCGAGCGGUUCCUACACACUCCGCCUCCUACAAGGAAAAGAAGGUGUAAUGCACCAGCAGCUUCUGCUCGAAAUGACAAUGGGAAGCGACUUGACGAAACUCGGUCGUUAUUUCGGCGCAGUCGUGCGUCUAUCGGUCUCGCAGCGUCCCCAGAGCGCCGAGAGGGGAGCAGCGGGCGAUUCCGGCUGCUCCGUGCUGGCGGAGGGCUGGGGGUUCCGGAGCCCUUCAUCGCCCAGCCGUUCCCCCUCCCCUCAGCGCCCUCCCUCUGCUUUUCCUGUGAGGGAGGCGGAAGCGCUGUCGAGUUCACAUCGAAACCUCGACAAGGGGAAGGGGGCUUUCCUGCCGCGGGCUGUCUGCACACCUCACGCUGCCUACUCGCGGCCGGUGUGA